AUGUUGAUCGUACAUGCUGCUCCACGCGACUCGGAUUGGCCGCCCUGGCGCGCUGUUCGGUGCUCGGAGUUCAGUACGCUGCUGCCGCCGCCACCGCUUGCUUGGCCGAGGCGAAGCGCGAAGGCAGCGGGCAAGGUUUACUUCGAGUUCGAGUCUGAGUUCGAGUUCAAGUUCAAGUUCGAGGGCUCAGGACGCCGCUGCGUUACUGUCGCUUGCGGUCUCUCGCUCCACAUCGCGCGGCCCCGCGCCGUUUGUGCGCCCGCUCCACCGUCCUUCGGUGGUCUUCUCGCACGUCCUACCCCUGCCCUGCCCGCCGGCGUUCCCACAUCCCCGCAUUCCCCAGCCCCGCAGUCGCGCGCCCGCGCGCCUCGAGGCGCGCCGUUCUCACACGCGCCCGCACAUAACGCCGAGGCGUCGACCGCCGAUUGUCGACUAUCGUCUGCCGCUUCGCCGCGCGAUCUGCGGCUCUGUCUGCGCAUGCGCGCGCGCACCCCUCCUUCUCGCGCGUCGUUCUCGCGCGUCGUUCUCAUCGCUCUCGUCAUUCGCGCCCUGCCCUGCCUCGCCGAUCUGGCCGGCCUGGCCAAACACCGCGCGCGCCGCGGGCAGCGGGCAGCGCGCGUCCACAGGCCCGCAAGACACGUCCCCGGGUCGCUCAGCUCGGCUAAGCCCAGCUCAGGCCGGGGCGCGCACGCCGCCGCGCCGCGCUUCGUGCUCGCUCGCUCGCUCGUCCGAGCCUGUCUGACGCUAUCACCACCGCCGAGCACCGCCGCCGAGCACCACGGACGCACGGACGCACGGACAGGCGGGCGCGCGGCGGGCCAGCGUCUGGCGGGGCCCGUCCCCGUCCCCGUCCCCGUCCCCGUCCUCGUUCGCGAGUUUGGCAGACAACGGACAGUGCGCUAG